GCCCUCCUCUGAUCCGCUUUAGCUUCCAUCGGCCAUCCUGACAUCCCGUCGACCUCUGCAGCAGCUGCACAGGGUAUUGUCACGAAGAGGAAGAAGCACGAACGUGCCACCUCUCAGACCCUCGCCCGCCUGUUUCCCACUGGCAACUGGCAAACCCUGGUGCCGCCUUGGCAGCCGCAGCCGGCUUUGUCGCUGUUUUGGUCUACAGUCCGUCGAUCGUCGACAGUGGCCGCCUUUGGCUGGAAUUUGAUCCUCCAUAUUGGAAACGUGGCAGAGGACCUUUUCUUUUUCUGGACUUGACGGGGCUACAGUAACUUGGGCAAGAUGGUCAACUCGAGGGCUCCGGGACAGAUUGCCCGCAAGAUCAGAGUCACCGUCGUAGCAGCCGAUGGCCUCGCCAAGCGAGAUGUCUUCAGGCUGCCGGACCCAUUUGCCAUCGUCACGGUCGAUGGAGAACAGACGCAUUCCACAUCCGUCAUCAAAAAAACCUUGAACCCUUACUGGAACGACAGCUUUGACAUCGACGUCACCGACUCCUCUGUCCUCGCCAUACAGAUAUUCGAUCAGAAGAAAUUCAAGAAGCGUGAUCAGGGCUUCUUGGGUGUCAUCAACGUCCGCGUCGCGGAUCACAUCGACUUGGAGCUGGGGGGCAAGGUUCUGCUCACACGAGACCUCAAGAAGAGCAAUGACAAUCUUGUCGUCCACGGCAAGCUGCAUAUAGAUCUCAACACGAACGUCUCGACGCCGAUCGUGAACAAUCCAAAUGCAGGUGCAGCUCCGAACAUGCUCGGCCUUGGCAACGCCUCUUCCGUCUCGGUCAACUCCUCCAUACCUGCAACCAGUGCUGGACCUUCACGCUCAGAAAGCAGCACCGGUGCGGUCGCGUCGCCCGUUCGUGCUUCUGAUCCUAGUGCGCCGAUCAAUGCGCACAGGCAGAGCGUCGCGAGCGCGUCCGGCUCAACUGGGACAGUUGCAACAGUAGCGUCGCCAGUAGCCGCGAGCAGCCCAUCGGGCAGCCGCGUCACGUCCACUUCUGGCACUCCAGCCGCUGCGAACCCCGCCAAUCGCGCUUCGGCCACCACCUCCAGCACGGGCGCCAUCUCCGCUGCUGGCGCCGCUGCUGCAACCAGCGCUGGCAAUGCGGCAUCCGGCUCCACUUCCGCUCCUUCUGUUCCUCGCACGCAGAUGCAGGCCUCCGACGACCAAGGGCCUCUUCCUGCCGGUUGGGAGCGUAGGACGGACCACUUAGGUCGGACAUACUACGUCGAUCACAACACACGCUCCACCACUUGGACGCGGCCAUCGACGAACGCCAGCGCGAAUGAUGCAGCGCACGCCAGCUCAGCAGCAGCAGAUCGGGCGCGGCACUCGAACCGCGCGCUCGCCGAUGAUAUGCUUGGCGUCGACGGUGCGGCCUCAACGAUCGCGCCAAGCCCUAGCUCUGCGUCCGUCCAAGGGUCCUCGUCACAACCCUCCGCUGCGGGUGCAUUGGGAACCGCCGCAGCAGCAGCAACGACGAGCGCAAUCGCGACAAACACGGCCACGACAGCAGGAAGUGGUCCGCUGCCUUCCGGCUGGGAGCAGCGGCACACCCCGGAGGGCCGGCCGUACUUUGUCGACCACAACACGCGCACCACCACAUGGGUCGAUCCGCGACGGCAGCAGAUCCUGCGGGUCAUGGGCCCCAACGGCAACAACCUCACCGUGCAGCCGCAGAGCGUCUCGCAGCUUGGCCCGCUGCCGAGCGGCUGGGAAAUGCGCCUAACGUCGACCGCGCGCGUCUACUUUGUGGACCACAACACCAAGACGACCACGUGGGACGAUCCGCGCCUGCCUUCGAGCCUGGACCAGAACGUGCCGCAGUACAAGCGCGACUUUAGGCGUAAACUCAUCUACUUCCGCUCGCAGCCGGCCCUGCGACCCAUCCCGGGUCAGUGCCACAUCAAAGUGCGACGCACGCACAUAUUUGAAGACUCAUACGCUGAGAUCAUGCGGCAGCAGCCGAACGAUCUGAAGAAGCGCCUUAUGAUCAAGUUCGAAGGCGAAGAUGGUCUCGACUACGGCGGUCUGUCUAGAGAGUUCUUCUUCUUGCUCUCGCACGAGAUGUUCAACCCGUUCUACUGCCUCUUCGAGUACUCCGCACACGACAACUACACGCUGCAGAUCAACCCGCACUCGGGCAUCAAUCCGGAGCAUCUAAACUACUUCAAGUUCAUCGGCCGCGUCCUAGGCCUCGCUAUCUUCCACAGACGCUUCCUCGACGCGUACUUUAUCGUCUCGUUUUACAAAAUGAUUCUCAAGAAGAAGAUCACCCUCGCCGACCUGGAAAGCGUCGAUGCGGACUACCACCGCUCGCUGCAGUGGAUGCUCGAGAAUCCCAUCGAAGGCGCAAUUGACGAAACCUUCACCGCCGUCGAAGACAAGUUCGGCGAGAUGGUCACCGUCGAGCUCAAGCCUGGCGGCGCAGACAUUCCCGUGACAGACGAGAACAAAAAGGAGUACAUCGACCUGAUGACCGAGUACAGGAUUUCGAAGCGCGUCGAGGAGCAGUUCAAAGCCUUCACCUCGGGCUUCACCGAGCUCAUCCCGCAGGACCUGAUCAACGUCUUUGAUGAGCGCGAGCUCGAGCUGCUCAUCGGUGGCAUGAGCGAAAUCGACGUCGACGACUGGAAGAAGUGGACUGACUACCGCGGUUUCACCGAGUCCGACGAGGUCGUUCAGUGGUUCUGGCAGUGCGUCCGCUCCUGGCCCGCCGAGCGCAAGAGCAGGCUCCUCCAAUUCGCAACAGGUACGUCGCGCAUCCCCGUCAAUGGGUUCAAGGAUCUCCAGGGCUCCGACGGCCCCAGGCGCUUCACGAUCGAAAAGAGCGGAGAGAUCUCCGCGCUGCCCAAGAGUCACACGUGCUUCAACCGUAUGGACCUGCCGCCGUACCCGAACAAGGAGGUACUCGAGGCGAAGCUGACGCUUGCCAUCGAAGAAGGACUUCACUUUGGGGUGGAGUAAUUCACAACAUGGCUCUUGCAGUGCCGCAGGCUAUACCUACCCUACCUUACUACAUAUAUGUUCCCGGCAGUUCAAGUCAACGAUUCAUUUUAGGUCUGUGCCAGCUCUUCGGCGUUCUUCCACCAUUCAUGCCCUUCCGUUUUGUUCCGCACUUCGCGAUUCACUUGUCUGCACUCAUUGCAUGCCCUCAUGUGGGCAGCUCUUGUAAGAUAUCAAACCGACUUCCAUACAGGAUUUUCGCCAUGA